AUGAGCGCUUGCACGGUCACCGCAGGCUUCGGCACCUGGGACUACGUGGUCUUCGGGGCCAUGCUGGCCAUCUCCGCGGUCAUCGGCAUCUAUUACGCCUUCGCGGGGGGCGGCCAGAACACCUCCAAGGACUUCUUGAUGGGGGGCCGCAGCAUGACGGCGGUGCCCGUGGCGCUGUCCCUGACGGCCAGCUUCAUGUCGGCCGUGACGGUGCUGGGCACCCCCUCGGAGGUCUACCGCUUCGGGGCCAGGUUCAGCGUCUUCGCCAUCACCUACGCUCUGGUGGUCAUCCUCAGCGCGGAGGUCUUCCUGCCCGUCUUCUACCGCUUGGGCAUCACCAGCACCUACGAGUAUUUAGAACUUCGAUUUAAUAGAUAUCUGCGUCUGUGUGGGACAGUACUCUUCAUUAUACUGACGAUAUUAUACACUGGAAUUGUCAUUUAUGCUCCAGCCUUAGCUUUAAAUCAAGUUACAGGGAUUGACUUGUGGGGUGCAGUGGCUGCAACAGGAAUAGUUUGUACAUUCUAUUGUACACUGGGUGGUCUAAAAGCAGUCGUUUGGACAGAUGUUUUUCAAGUUGGAAUCAUGAUAGCUGGGUUUUCCGCAGUGAUUAUACGUGCUGUGGUGGUUCAAGGCGGUAUUGGACAUAUACUAAAUGAUUCCUACCAUGGAGGAAGAUUAAAUUUCUGGGACUUUAAUCCUGAUCCUUUGCAAAGGCACACUUUCUGGACAAUCAUUAUAGGUGGGACUUUUACCUGGCUUGGUAUAUAUGGGGUCAGCCAGUCUCAAGUUCAGCGAUACAUUGCCUGCAAAACAAGAUUUCAAGCAAAACUAUCUCUUUACGUAAACCUCUUGGGACUAUGGGCAAUUCUUGCAUGUGCAGUGCUAUGUGGAUUAGCAAUGUAUUCUAUUUAUAAAGACUGUGAUCCUUGGACAGCAAAAUGUGUUUCAGCACCUGACCAGCUCAUGCCAUACUUGGUAUUGGACAUUCUACAAAAAUUUCCUGGCACACCAGGGCUUUUUGUGGCUGGUGCUUACAGUGGAACAUUAAGUACUGUAUCCUCUAGCAUCAACGCUUUAGCUGCAGUGACUGUAGAAGACCUCAUUAAACCUCAGUUCCCAUCACUCAGUGAAAGGAAAUUGUCAUGGAUUUCUAAGGGGAUGAGUCUGUUUUAUGGAGGAGUAUGCAUCGCUAUGGCUGCUGUGGCAUCACUUCUUGGUGGUUUGUUACAGGCGGCUCUCAGCAUCUUUGGCAUGGUUGGUGGGCCUCUCUUAGGACUAUUCUCUUUGGGUAUCCUUUGUCCCUUUGCCAACUCCAUGGGUGCAUUUUUAGGUCUCGCUUGUGGAUUUAUUGCUUCUCUCUGGGUUGGAAUUGGAGCUCAGAUUUACCAGCCACUUCCCCAUAGUACCAUGCCAUUAAAUCUUUCAACUGUUGGAUGUAACAUAACCAACCCAGGCACAGAAGGCUACUGGACAUCUACACCGCUGCCAGUAUUAACAGCUCCCUUGCAAAUAGGAAAUAUAUUCUUUUUCUCUCUCUCUAGACCAAUCCUCGCAGAUUAUUGGUAUUCCUUAUCCUAUUUAUACUUCAGUACACUUGGAACCCUAAUCACAAUUGUUGUGGGAAUAAUUGCCAGCCUUUCAACAGGAGGAUUACGACAAAACAUUGAUCGGAAGUUCAUGCUCAACAAAGAGGAUUUUUGGUCUAACUUCUCAUUUUUGAAGACUAAACAAGAAGAAAAAGUCAAAGUUUUAACCUGGAAGCCAUUCAGAAUGCCAGAUGAAGGAAUUGAAAAUCCAGCUUUCAAUCAUAUCGAAAUGGAUUGCACAGACAGACAAGAAAAAGUCAAUGGUGUUCAUAGAUGAAUAUCUUCUUGGAUUGUAUGCUUAUGUUGGCAGCUACU